UACGCAUGCGCAUGUGGCUGUCCUUUUUCUACGAUAUCACACCACCUGGAACUCUGUACAAAGCUAGUUUUCUGGUUAAACUUGGUGUGCAGAAACAUUAAGUCAACGGCGAGUCUCUGAGACGCCAGAUAAAACAAAGCAGUUUUGGAAUUGGUAUCUCCAGAUACGGCCAAAAUCUGAAUUAUCUAGAGGGAAUUUGCAACUUAAAGGAUAUGACUAAACAAGCUUCAAAUGCUUUAGCCUGCAAGCUAGCUAGUUAAUGAGAAUAUUAGCUAGCUAUGUAAUUUUCUCGCUGUUUAAGCUGUCUGCUUAGCGUUUACUUGAUUUUUAACACGAUCCGGAGGUAAGUAAUGAACACGGAAGGAUGAAGAUGUUUUCGUUCUCGCACAAGACCGCCUUUGUGGUGGACCACUGUCCAUACAUGGCCGAAUCGUGUCGACAGCAGGUGGAGUUCGACUUGCUGACGAAGAACCGCUCGCAGGGCGUGAUCCCACUGGCUCCCGUGUCCAAAUCCCUGUGGACCUGCGCGGUGGAGUGCUCAAUGGAGUAUUGCAGAAUACUGUACGACAUUUACCCCACCAGAAAACUGGUGAACUACAUUGUGAGCGACUCCGAGUUCCACGUUCUCAACAGCUGGAAUCAGGAAGCUCAGAACACUCAAGAGCUGAUGUCGGCGCUGGCGGCGGUGGGGCCCCCGAACCCGCACGAGGACCCCGAGUGCUGCAGCAUCCUGCACGGCCUGGUGGCGGCCGUGGAGGCCCUGUGCAAGGUGACGGAGCACCAGCAGCAAGCCCGGGCCCAGCUCAUGGACACGGCCGACCGCGUCUGCAACCGGGGCCGCAUCAUCUGCCUCACCAACGCCAAGAGUGACACCCAUGUCCGUAUGCUGGAGGACUGUGUCGUGGAGACCAUCCUGGAGCAAAAUAAAUUGGCGGCGGGCUCAGACAGGCUCAUGCAGAUUCAGCAGUGUGAGCUAGUCCUGAUCCACACCUACCCGCUGGGAGAGGACACGCUGGUGUCCGACCGGCCCAAAAAAGAGAUCUCCCCUGUGCUGACCAGCGAGGUGCAUAGCGUGCGGGCGGGGCGCCAUCUUGCCUCCAAACUCAACAUCCUGGUGCAGCAGCACUUUGACCUGGCCUCCACGACCAUCACCAACAUCCCGAUGAAGGAGGAACAGCACGCCAACACUUCGGCCAAUUACGACGUGGAGCUGCUGCACCACAGAGACGCGCACAUGGAGUUCAUCAAGAGCGGAGAUCUGCAUCCAGCGGGCAGCACCAGCCGAGACAGUGGCCUGAAGGAGACGGUGACGCUGAAGUGGUGCACCCCUCGAACGAACAGCGUUGAGCUGCACUACUGCACUGGGGCCUACCGAAUCUCACCAGUCGAUGUCAACAGUAGGCCUUCCUCUUGCCUCACCAACUUCCUCUUGAACGGACGCUCGGUGCUGCUGGAGCAGCCUCGGAAAUCUGGGUCGAAGGUCAUCAGUCACAUGCUCAGCAGCCACGGCGGGGAGAUCUUUCUGCACGUGCUCAAUAGCACCCGCUCCACGCUGGAGGACCCGCCUUCUAUCAGCGAGGGGUGCGGGGGCCGUGUGACGGACUACCGCAUCACUGACUUCGGGGAGCUGAUGCGGGAGAACCGGCUGACUCCUUUCCCAGAGUCCCCGGCUCCUGCCGGGGCUUGUGGGAAAGUGCCCCUGGAGAGAGCGAAGGCCCAGCUGGAGCGACACACUCGAUACUGGCCAAUGAUCAUCUCCCAGACCACCAUCUUCAACAUGCAGGCGGUGGUUCCCUUGGCCAAUCUGAUUGUGAAAGAGAGUUUGACCGAGGACGACGUGCUGACCUGUCAGAAGACCGUGUACAACCUGGUUGACAUGGAGAGGAAGAACGAUCCGCUUCCUGUUUCCACCGUCGGAACCAGAGGCAAGGGGCCUAAAAGGGACGAGCAGUACCGGGCCAUGUGGAACGAGCUGGAGGCGCUGGUGCGCACCCACGUCGGGGGCAGCGAGCGCCACGCCCGCGUGCUGGAGUGCGUGAGCGCCUGCCGCAGCCGGCCGCCCGAGGAGGAGGAGCGCAAGAAGAGGGGGAGGAAGAGGGAGGACAAGGAGGAGAAGCCGGAGAGGAACGGCAAGGACCCGGAGGUGGAGAAGGGGUGGCAGGAGCCGGGAGAGAGCAGGCUCAAGGGGGCGCCAGAGCGUGAGAAGGAGGAGCCUGCAGAGGCGGAGGUAAUCAAGGACUCUCCGGACUCCCCGGAACCACUGAACAAGAAGCCCCGCCUGACGGUGGAGGAGAGCCAGCCCCCAGAGAAAGCCAAAGGCCCCAUGUCCCUGCUCACGAUGUGGACGAACAGGCUCAACACGGCCAACUCGCGCAAGCACCAGGAGUUUGCUGGCCGAAUCAACUCCGUCAACAACCGGGCCGAGCUGUACCAGCAUCUCAAAGACGAAAAUGGAAUGGAGACUACGGAAAACGGGAAAACCAACAGGUGACGCAGUUUUCCCCGUCUGCCGCCUUUUUUUCACCUGACUGCUUGGAAUACUGCCUCGGUGUCACUGUACAGGAAAUACUUCACGAACCAACGAGUGUCCCUCUGGUACUUUUCCUCAUGCUUUUAACCUUUAUCUACUGUACAGUCUCUGAGUGUGUCAGCAAGAUUGAACCAUAGCUUUUUAAGCCAUUUUUUUAACACGCUUCUGUUUAUACUGAUGGAUUUCCAUAUUCUGAGAAAUAAAAAGAUUCUGUCUGUG